CGGACGGCCGAGAGAAACAGUAUUUUAGUUUCGGUGUAACUCGCGGUUGGCGCGGUCGCCACUAAACUCGCGCCCUCUCACUGACAUUGGCUGAAACUCGCAAGAACUCCCGUUCAAUGUGCUUUUUAUAACAAAAUUUUCAAUAUUCAUGAGACAAAAUGUGUAAAACCCAGUGUUUGUUAACAGCCCUCAUACUCUCGAUCGACCUAGUUAACUGUUGGGAUAUCGCAAUCACAACUGGGGACCAAUUAGAAUUUUAUACAAACAAAACGAAAACAAACGAUGAGGGCGUCCGAUUUAAAGAGCUGACCGCAUUGGCUCAUGAUGCAGUGCACAACAUGCUGUUGUUUGUUGACAAACAAAACGACAACGCAUCCAUAUUCAGCUACAAUUUACUCACGAAGAAAUACCAGCCUCUCGUGGGCAAGCGGUCUUCCGAAAAUAUUCAAGGGCUAACAAUCGAUCCAGUUACAGGGAAGAUGUUCUGGACGGAUACUAACGAAAGAAGUAUAUAUUGGAUCUCGCUGUGGCCGAGAUCCAAGAACAUCUAUGGCUACCUUUUGAUUAAAAUGGAUGAUGAGAUCCCCAGGGAUAUUGCAGUUGAUAGUUGUAGAGGCUAUAUUUACUGGACGAACAUAAACAUUUCAAAGGCAACGAUUGAGAGAGCGCGAUUCGACGGAAGUGAAAGGACCACCAUUGUUGAUACUGAUAUCCACAUGCCUGUUAGUAUCGCUAUCGAUCAACGUACAAAACGGCUAUACUGGGUCGACGAUAAAGAAGGAAUACAUUAUUCCAUUGAGUCAGCCGAUUUAGAUGGGCGAAAUAGACAGAAAAUAUUGGUAGGGACAUACCAUCAGCCUAAUUCCUUGACUGUCACAAAAGACAAUAUUUAUUGGGUAGAUUGGGGAUUCAGAUCAGUGUGGAAACUGUCGAAAAACGCAUCCAGUGCCGAGCCGGAGGAAUUCUUUAAAUUUAACAAUGAAGUUCCUUUUGGUAUAGUUUCAAACUAUAAGAUCGCAGACCAAACUGAUGGAGUGGAUGAAUGUAAAACUUUAACGAACCUAUCGCAAAACAACACUGCCAUUAACGAUUCCAUACGCAUUCCUCAAGAUGUGGGAUUGUUCUGUCUCCACGGAGUGAAAACAGGACAACUAGAAUGCAAGUGUUCCACUGGUUAUAUUGGUGAUCGGUGUGAAAUCUCCGUUUGCCAGAACUUCUGUCUGAACGGCGACUGCAGUGCUUCUAGCGAUGGUCAACCAACCUGCAAAUGCAGAAACGGUUUCUCUGGGCCUAGAUGUGAGGCGAGUGUUUGCUAUAGCCAGUGUUUGAACGAUGGUGAAUGUUCGGUGAGCGAAACAGGAAAGCCUGUUUGCAAAUGUGCUCAUGACUUCGAGGGCGACAGAUGCGAGACUCGUAAAAUUAUACCUACUACAAUUGCACCUGCUAUUGAAUCUUGCAAUUGCACAGCAGUUACCUCAGGCAGCAAGAACGAAGAUGCGUUCGUAGAAUCAGACGUCUGCAGUACAGGAUGGGAUACUGUACGAGACCCAAUAUUGAUGGUGCUUGGGACACUGACCGGACUUCUGUGUCUAGUUUGUGCUUUACUGAUCACGAAGAUCCUGCAUUUAAAGAAAAGACCUAGGAUAAAAAGGCGUAUAAUAGUCAACAAGAACGUUACCCCGCUCACCGCGCGACCGGACCAGUGCGAAAUCACGAUUGAGAACUGCUGCAAUAUGAACAUUUGCGAAACUCCAUGCUUCGAACCCAGAAACGCAAUCAGACCAACACUAGGCGACGCGAAACCUGGAAAAGAAGAGAAGAGAAACCUUAUAGCCAACAUGGAGAGUCAAGACGACAUUUACUAGCAUCGCACCAUAUCAUAACGUACUUCGGUAUUUGAUGAUGAGUCCAAAGUUUUACAAUUGUGAUAUUCGAUAUAGGCAUACCGACUAGUACCGUUAUAGUAACGUUAUUUCGUUAUGCAAAUUGAAAAUAUGGGAUUUGCUAUGAGAUAUUUUUGUAUAUCCGCUAAAACGCGGCUGUAUUUAUAGACUGUUGGUAGUUAAGAGACGGAAACAUCUAUCAGUUAUGAUGAAACUUUUUCAAUUGAUAUAUAAACCAAAAUUUUCUAUACCUUAUUAUGUGGACGUAGUUAAACGAAAAGUACAUUUUCAGACAUAAUUAUAAGGCCUUACAGAGAAACUAGCAGAAACUAGCAUAACUUCUAAAUACGGUUUUUUCCACGCUCCGACGUUUGAACGCUAUUGCGACGUUAUGCCCUAUUCAUUUCUAAAGCCUUGAAUGAAUCGAGACCAUGUACCUCAAUGCAAAUUUUAUCCUUUUCGUUUAACUUCGUCCACGUAUGCGAUGGAAAAUAGAUAUGCAAUUAUAAUUUAAGUGUAAAAAUGAUCAAAUUGAGCAUUUUUGUUAAUUUUAUUUGCCAUUUAUUUGUUAAUUUAUUUUUGGUGUCCGGCUCUUGACCCCCGUAUAUAUUUAAAAGCCCUAUAGGUUUAUAUAAGGCAGCUAAAAAUCCAAGAGAAUAUUUAGGUACUUACGAGUAUAUACUUAAGAUAAUGUUUGCGGGCUGUACGAAGAUUUGUAGGUUUACAGUGAUGGUUUGUUUUAUUUAUUUAGAUUAUUAUAUUACAAUAUUGCAUAAAAUGUUGGCAUAUAUACUUAUCUUAACUCUUAUUACGAAAUCUACUACUAAAUGUUGCCUUAAUAGAUUAUCACGGCCUGUAACUUAUACCAAUGACUUAAAUUUAACCUCCUUUUAUUUCGGUAAAGAUAAAAAAAUCAUACCUAUUUAAUAAGCAUAAAGAGCGGAAAAUAUAAAUAAGUUUUAGUAUGCAGAAAUAUUAAUUUUACAAGGGACAUUAUUUUGAUCACACAGUGCCUUUUUCCACUUUUGAUUCAUAUGAAUUAGUUUAUUGGCGAGAUAUUAUUUUCUAUUACUAUAAUAGUUUUAUUGGAAGUAAAUACGUUGGCAACGCUUCGGUCAAUAAUGUAGGCAUAUAAAAUUUCUCACAUUUCGUUUCUAGGGUUUCUUUUACGAGUACCUACUGAUAUGUACUUAUUUUUUUGUAGUUAAAAUUAUAGAUUUCUUUCUUACCCAAGCAGGGGUUCCCAACCUUUUUAAGCCAGCUACACACUAACAACAGAUAUUUGUAACGGCACCCACGACACGCCUUAAGUUGUUGAAAUAGAUAGGCACAAUAAAUAAAACAUUAACUUUAUCAUAAAAAAACAAGAAAGAAAAAAAUAGUGA